AUUCAAUCAUACAUCCUUGCAGCGAGUACAGGCCCGGCCACACCGACACAGGACAACACAAAACACAGCGAGUCAAGGCAGACAACAAGCGACAUACAUGCACAGAUCGACGGUGCCGAGAACAUACUCCAAGAAUCAAACACAGCACAGCACAGCACAGCAGCAUCUGGAGACACAGCAAUCCAUUCGCAGCACAGCAAUUAACAACAAAUGGAGAGAUGGAUGGCCCGCCAACCUACCAAAAUCCAUUGCCGACUGACCGACCUAUCUUUCUGACUCAACAUCACCUCGGCCGUCUGUCUGUCCUUCUUUCUGUGUUGGUCGCCCCACUCCUUCAGAGCAUAGAAUCGCCUCCAUUCGGCACCAAAUUCUGCUUUCAUCUUGCUGUUGAUAUCGCGAUCCUCAUGGCACGUGAUCAUCCAGGCGAAAUCGUAGGGCUCCAGCUGUACCCCCACCACAUACCGCUUCACGGCGUAACGCGCGCUCUCCUGGGAGAGGUACGGCGCGAAGAAAGGCGAGUAGAACACGAGGCCCUUGUUGGCCGCUAUCAUCUGCUCUUCAAUCGCCCUCUCCAGACGGCGCAUGGUUUCCAGUAGGUCGUUGUGCGUGACCGACAGGGCGAAGAGGAAGAUGGGCCCGACAGUGAGCAGGUCGACAUUGGAUGAGGGCGCGGGAACGAGAAACGAGGGGAACCUCUUGGACGGAUGGUAGUGCGAUGGAUUGAAGCCGUCAGUAAGCCGAUGGAGUCUCGUGAGUGCGUCAGCCACCACCUGCUGGCGAUAGGCGAGGGCCAGCUGCUCUUUCAUGCCGUAAUCGGACAUGUCCUUCCUCCCUGUGGUGACGUCCCUUGUGCUGUCGAUGAGUUCUUUGCCGGUCUUGUGAGCGGUGAGAAGCUGCCAGUAGAGGUCGGGCAUGACGAUGCAGAUGAGGUGGAAGUUGUGCAUGCCCAGCUUGUUGAUGUAGUACACGUGACCCCUCAUGCGCGUGCCCUGAAUGAACGAACACAGACAGACAGACGGACAGACAGACAGAUGAGAGAGAGCCUGCUGGCUGGCUGGUGUCUUCGUUCUCACAGGGUUGAAUUGCAUUGCCCAUUCCAGCUUGUGCUGCUUGCCGACCUCUUCAAACCUGAAACAAUCAAGGACAACCAACCAUAUCAGCGAACUUGACGCCGCCUCCCUCCCUCCCUACCUGGUGACGGUGUAGCAGAACACCAGAGGGAAUGUGCGCCCCUCAUACUGACAGCUCUCCACCACCGAGAUGGGUAUCGCAUACUCGAGGUCGUCAAGGUGGCGAUAGAACUCGCUCGUUAUGUCGGCGAACUCCACCUUGGACCGCCCGCAGCUCUGCGUCAAAAGGAAGGGCCGCAUCUUCCGGUCAAAGCCGGCGUUGGGUCGAACCAAGAGGGAGCCGCGGGGGAAGAUGUACUCCCUCAUUCGUCCCGCCGCCUCCAGGAACAGCUCCAGAGACCCCUUCUUCGACUGGCUGUCGGAGUUGCUGUCCGAACCGCCCUUGUCUUCACUCGUGGUGACUUUACUGGCAGUUGGAGGUGUGAUGUGGCCGAGGAGGCGGCCAGGGACCAUGGGUGAGGCCAUGGGGAGGUCUCACCAGCCUCGCAGAGGCUCUCGCAGUUGGGGCGGCGAGGCGGGGAGAGGGGAAGCAGAAGGAGGAUAACUUGACGGGAACAGAAAGCAACGACGAUGGACUAAUCCUCAAGAUGAAGCCAGCGUCACUCUCAUCACCCGAAGCAGACAAGUGGAG